UACAUGUAUUUGUGACAACCCUCUCAAAACCAGACUCAUGGACACCUCAGAUACUGGAGACUCGGACACUACUGGACCCCGACCCAUGGAGUCAGACGAGAUUAUGUCAUCAGAGCACGAGGUGCAUACCUCGGAUUAUACUAGUACAGACGACGACGACUUUCAGCCGUUCGCACUACCUGACGGCGUCGAUGAGCCCAUCGUUGGUGGUCCUGCUGCGGAUCUUCCUCUCGCUGUGAUUCCCGCCCCGAUUCCUCUUGCAUCCUACCCAGCUUAUGAGCUUAUGCUUGAUGCCGAGGCUGGUGGCGAUAUUGAUCUUUUCGAUGAUGAGCUAUACGAGGACGAGGUUCCUGACCCAGCUCUUUUGCCCACUGGCGGUCUUUUGAUGAUCGCCGGUGCUCCUGUCGGAGACUCGCCUGUUCAUUCUCCAGCCCCAGACUCCUUCGAGUCUGUGGCAUCUGUUCCAUCGCAUGUGGCGAGCACGCAGUUUUUCGUUCAUGACUCGGAUCCUGACCAGGCGUCAUCUGCCGCCCCUAUGCCGAGCUUUGUUUUUGAGCAUGACGAUUUCGAGGAUUCUGACCCUGUAUUUCCUCCUGGAUUUGAUCCAGACCGUGAUAUUGAGUUCGUUCAUAUGGACCAGCCUGUAGAGGACCCCGUUGACCCCGCCGACCCUUUUGAUCCUAUCGAUCCGGACUUUGACUUCGAUAUGGCGUUUGUCGAUCCCGAGCCUGCAGUAGCUCCAGAGCAGGCCGCUGCUUUCGAUCCCGCACAUGAGCAUGGUUUGGCGCAUGCUGAUGUUCCUGUUGAUCCUAUUUUGGCGGGUCAGCCACUUGGCGAUUUUCCUGCUGAUGAUAUUCCCUUGUUAGAUGCUGACCAUGUUGUUGAUCCUCUUGUUGACCCUCCGAUCGCUGACGUCCCAGUUGACCCUCAUGUCGAUCUUGUUGAUCAUGUUGAUGCCCACGUUGAUCCUGUUUUAGCUCCUGUUGAUCCCUUGCCUAUUGAGCCCGAGCAUGCUCUGUUUGCAGAGCACAUGGAUCCCCCUGACGAGGAGGCUCAGCACGGUUGGAUACCGGCUGACGAGGAUGUUCCGCCGCUUCCUCCUCACCGCAUUGAUGCUCACCAUCCUGAGUUCUCAUUUCAGAUCCCAUCUUUCGCACCUCCAGCGGGGCCUGGAGAGGGCUCUUCCGCCCAUCCAUUUGGCCAUGUACCGAUGCCAUUACCUGUCAUGCCUCAGAUAUCUCCUGCUUCAGCAUCCACUUCAUCUUUUCCUGUUAUGCCUUUUGGCACUGUCAGCGAGCCUUCUUUCUGGUCUUCGCUACCCGUUAUGCCACCCGUUGAUCCACCUCAUAUGGGGCAUACCCUAGAGGACCUAUUGAUGUCAUUUGUUCUUCAGCAUGAUUCCCAUUCUCAGCGUUUGCAGGAGCUCGAGAGAGCUCAGAUGCCUCCUUGUUCAUGUCAUGGUCCGUCAUCCUCAUCUGCUCAGCCAUUUCGGUCUUUUCCUCCUGACAUUGCUGCUCGACUUUCGAUCCUAGAGCAGCAGAUUGCAUCCGUGAUCCGCACCCAGCAGGCCCUGGAGGAGGACUGGCUUCUCUUUCGCCGCUUGCAUUAUCCUCUUUUUCCCCCUCCUCCACCACCACCACCCGUCUAGAGCUCAUCGACGUUACCAGGGUAGACACCGGUGAGACGGCCGCGAUUGUUAUGCACAGCUUUUGAAGACCAUUUGACUGCACAGAUUUUUGUUGAUACAUGUGAUGUAUUGAUUGUAUGUAACACUGAUAUGAUGUAUUUUGUACAGGGGUG